AUAUCAGCCUCCCAAAGUGUUGGGAUUACAGGUGUGAGCCAUUGAGCCUGGCCAGAUUUUCAUACUAUUAAAGCUUUAUGAUUGAGUGUGUUGUUUUAUAAAUUAAGUUUAAAAAUUUUUUUGAGAUAACUUAUGAAAUUGAAUAGAUCCACAUGCAAUUGUAAGAAAUAAUAAUAGAGAUCCUCUAUACCAUUUACCCAGUUCCCGCAGUGGUAACAUCCUGAGAAAUGAUAGUACCACAUCACAACCAGGAUAUUGACAUUGAUACAAUCCAUCUAUCUUACUCAGAUUUCUCCAAUUUUACUUGUGCUAAUUUGUGAGGGUGUGCAAGUCAAGAUGUAUGUAUAAUUCUAUCCAAUGUAAUCAUAUGUGUGAGUCUCUACCACCAUAGUCAAGACACAAAACAAUUUUAUUACCAGAGUAUUCCUUGUAUUGCCUUUACAAAACCAUGCCUACCUCCCUAACUCUGGACAAUCACUAAUCUACUUUUCAUUUCUCAAAUUUUAUCUUUUCAAAAGUGUUAUAUAAAUGAAACUAUACAGCAUGCAACCUUUUGGGAUUGGCUUUUUUGAUUCAGCAUUAUUCCCCGGAAAUUUAUUCAAGUUGUUGCCUCUAUUGAUAUUUUAUUCUAUCUUUUGCUGAGUAGUAUUCUGUGGUAUGAAUGUACCACUAUUUGUUUAACUGUUCACCCACUGAAGGACAUUAGGGUUUGUAUUCAUCUCCUAUUACAGCUGUAAUAAUUUACCAUAAAUGUAGUGGCUUGAAACAACCCAAAUGUGUUAUCUUGUAGUUUAGAGGUUAGAAGUCCUAAAAUCAAUGUGUUGGCCAGCUGUCUUCCUUCUGCAGGCUCUAGGGGAAAAUCUGUUUCUUUGCCAUUUCCAGUUUCUAAAGGCUGCUGCAUUCCUAGGCUUGUGGCCCCUUCUUUAACCUUUGCAGUCAGCAGUAUAGCAUCUUCAAAACUCUCUCUCUGACUUCUGCUUCUGACAUCACAUCUUUUUUUCUGACUUUGACUCUCUUUCCUCCCUCUAGGAUACUUGGUAUUACAUUGAGCCUACCAGGAUAAUCCAGAAUAAUCCCCUGUCUCAAUAUGCUUGAUUUAAUCACAUUUUUUAGCCAUGUACAGUAAAAUAUUCACAGGUUCCAUGGACUAGAGUGUGCUCAUUUUUGGGAGGUCAUUAUUCUGUUCAUUACAGGAUUGUUUCCAGAUGUUGGCUAUGUGAGUACAGAUACUACAAACUUUUAUACAGGUUUGUGUGUGUGAACAUCUUUAUUUCUCUGGGAUAAAUACCCAGGAGUAUAAUUACUGGGUUGUAUAGUAAUUGCUUAUUUUGUUGUAUAAGAAACUGCCAAUCCGUUUUCCAGAGUGGCUGUAAUAGUUUAUAUUCCCACCACAAUGUAUGAGUGAUCCAAUAUCUCUGCAUCCAUGCCAGCAUUUGAUGUUGUCACUAUUAUUUAUUUUAGCCAGUCUGAUAGGUGUGUAGUGAUAUCUCAUUGUGGUUUUAAUUUCCAUUUUGUUAUUGACUCAUGAUGUUCUUGACAGUUGUUGUGAUACUUUGGUUCUUGUCUUCUUAGUUAAAAAAAAUUUAAAUAAGAGAUGCAUAGCAAAGGAGAUGGAGCAUAGAGCAAUUUAUUGUAAAGGGAAAAGAAUAUUUUGAAAGUUAAGUGCAGAAUAGACAGUACACCCUGAGAGAGAGAUGAUUCAGAGUGGUCUGCUUAUAAGGAUGAGACAGUGAAGACUGGCACUAGGGAGACUCUCUUUAUGGGAGUAUUACAUGGUUAUUUAUAAGGAGUGGAAAGAGGUGUUAUUAGUAAGCAUGUUCUGGGUGGUCCUAUGGGUGUACAUGCACAGUAGCUGUGCAUACUUGUUCAUACAUCGCACGUCUCAUCAGCAUCUGAAAUCUACACCCGGAAUGUGCUUUUUACUGUGAUAAUGAAAGAAGGGUCAGUCUGAGAAAGGUAAAAUCGAAGUGUGCAUGCACUCUACAGGGGAAAUUUCUUGCUGAAGAUAGCUUUGCUUGAAUGAGCUCAAUUACAAUGCGAAUGCUGAGGUUUAUGGCGUUGAUUGUGGAAAGGUCAUCACGGCUGCUGCGUCCCGAGGACAUGGUCUAUCUAUCCUGCCUCAAUGUUGAACAUCUUUUCAUGUGGGUGUUGAUUUUCAAAAAGGUAGCAGUAUCGUCUCUAACGCAGUGGUUAGUAAUGUUAAGUGCAACAUGCAUGUUAAAGAGUUUUAAAUUUUAUUGCAGACAAAUAAGGGAGGGAGACUCUGGUAAAGUCCUGGCCUGGAGGAAGCUCUGCCGUAGAGUAGUGGACGCGUCUUUGUAUGAACAAAGGGCUGGACCGCUGCCACUCUGAGGCCAGGGACCUAGGCCAGGAGACACUGAAUGCCAGGGAGGCGCCAGAUGAGGUGGAGGGACCUGAGUCCACGGAGAGCUGCGAAGAGAGGACUCAUCUGAGUCAGGACUGCACGGCGCGACCCCGCCUAGGCCUCGCCCCUCGGACGGUCCGGUGUCCCGGCCCCUCCCCCUCGUCCCUCGCGGGCGCUCCAGCCUCCAGCCAGAACGCAUGGCAGGCGUGGAAACCGCUGCGAGGCGGCGCCACCACGGAGGCUGAGGUUGCCGGCAGUAUCCAUGGCGUCCCAGGGCGGCAGCUCCCUCGGGCUCCUGGCCUGGCUCUUGCUUCUUCAGCCAUGGCUCGACGAGGCCCGGGCGGGCAGGGCGGGUGCGCAGGGAGGCGUAGCACUGUUCUUCUCCUCCGCUCUCCCCUCAGGGCCAGGCGGCCAGGACCCCGGAGCGAGCGGAUGGGAGCCGCCACCUGUAGGGGCUCCAGGAUCCCAAGCGGCCGGUCAGUCCAGACGGAAGACAGUGACCCCCGCUCCGGUGUCAUUUCCCUCAGCCUGCGGCAAGCGGUUUGCAAGGAUAAUUGGAGGAUUGAGGAGCCCAGAUAGGAAGUGGCCCUGGCAGGUGAGCCUGCAGACCACCAGCAACAGACACAUCUGCGGAGGCUCCCUUAUUGCCAGGCGCUGGGUGCUUACUGCCGCCCACUGCAUCUCUGGUCAUCUGGAAUACAGAGUGAAACUGGGAGACACAAAUGUGCAUCAUCGCUCCAAAACAGCACUUGUAGUCCCAGUUCGUGACAUCGUUAUCCACCGAUAUUUUACGUCUUCUGGGAUAAUUGAAAAUGACAUUGCCCUUGCUCUGCUUCACUUCCCUGUGAAUUACUCCACGCACAUCCAGCCUGUGUGCCUCCCUGAACAGGCUUUCAUGGUACAAGCUGAUACAAAGUGCUGGGUGACAGGAUGGGGCAAAGUGAAUGAAACAGAUUCAUCAAAAAAGAUAGUAACUGAGCUUCAGGAGGCUGAACUAAGCAUUAUGCUUCAUGAGAAAUGUAAUAAGGUAUUCAAGGAAAAGAUGAGAAUUAGGAAUGAAAUGGUCAAGAAGGGGACCGUCUGUGGCUAUAAUGACCAAGGGAAGGAUUCCUGUCAGGGAGAUUCUGGGGGGCCCCUGGUGUGUGAAUUAAAUGGCACAUGGUUCCAGGUGGGAAUUGUGAGCUGGGGCAUUGGCUGCAGUAACAAAGGAUAUCCUGGAGUUUACACGGAAGUUAGUUUCUACAAGAAAUGGAUUAUUGAUCACUUGAGACAAGCUUCCUGUCUGAAUUCAGCAGACUCCCUCAUCCUAGUCCUGUGUCUGAUGAUGCCCCUGGGCAUCCUGGUGACCCGGUGAUUGGAUCCCAUUCUACUUUCCCUGUUUCUGAGUCUCACACUUAGGUAUCUCCUCUGACCAACCUCCCACUCCUUCUGAAUGCCUUUUCCACAAAUCCCAGUUGGAAUCCACGGGCCCUCUGGAGAUCCAUACAAUAGAGCAUGGCAGGGAGACUGGGCCUUGGAAAGUACCCCUGCCUUGUGCUCUGGUCACCUGCCUCAGCCAUGCCUGCACCAGGGCUGUGCUCUGGCUGGUGGGAAGGAGGGAGUGAACUGAUUGCAGCUAGAGGGCCACCCGCCCUGCCAGGUGGGCCACGGUGACUCAUCAAUAUCUGGGGGAACAUCUAUCAAAGAAGAAACAUCAUCAACAGUGAAGCAAGCGUUCAACGUGGUUCUGGUGUCAGGGCUCCCACCUGAGACUUUGAGAAACUAACCAGCUGGGUGAUUGCUCAGAGAGUGAAGGAGGCGUUACCAGGUCCCUGCAGAGGUGUGAGGCCUGGGACUUCCACUCUGGCUCCACUGUCUGGGGCUGGGAGAAGAUCCCCUGCAGCCCAGUGUGGAUCCAUCUGCGAGUGGACAGCCUCUGCCACACCAGCUCUCUUGGGGCAACCCAUUCUUGCACCUCUUUCCUCAGUGCCCUAGUGGCCACUUUCAGGGACACUACAAGUUGUGUUGGGUCUGUUACGGAGUGUGGAGUUUUCAGAAAUCAACUGAAUAAAUGUUUGGAGAGUCUC